GUCCGCGCCCCGCACCCGCAGCCCGCCCAGGCGGAGUCAGCCUGCGCUCCGCCCGCCGCGCUCCGGGCUCGGAGGUCCGGACUCCGGGCUCGCUGCCUCCCGGGCCGGCUCCGCGCCCCGCACCCCCGCGCCCCGCGCCCCCGAGGGAGGAGCGCACCAUGCCUCAGCUGGACUCGGGCGGGGGCGGCGCGGGCGGCGGCGACGACCUCGGCGCGCCCGACGAGCUGCUGGCCUUCCAGGACGAGGGCGAGGAGCAGGACGACAAGAGCCGCGACAGCGCCGCGGGCCCCGAGCGCGACCUGGCCGAGCUCAAGUCGUCGCUCGUCAAUGAGUCCGAGGGCGCGGCCGGCGACGCGGGGGUCCCGGGGGCGGGCGCCGGUGCCCGCGGCGAGGCCGAGGCUCUCGGGCGGGAACACACUUCGCAGAGACUUUUCCCCGACAAACUUCCAGAGUCUCUGGAAGACGGCCUGAAGACCCCGGAGUGCGCCAGCGGCAUGUACAAAGACACCGUCUACUCCGCCUUCAAUCUGCUCAUGCACUACCCACCCCCCUCGGGAGCAGGGCAGCACCCCCAGCCGCAGCCCUCGCUGCACAACAAGGCCAGUCAGCCUUCCCACGGCGUUCCCCAACUCUCUCCUCUCUAUGACCAUUUCAGCAGCCCACACCCCACACCUGCUCCAGCCGACAUCAGCCAGAAGCAAGGAGUUCACAGGCCUCUGCAGACCCCUGACCUCUCUGGCUUCUACUCUCUGACCUCAGGCAGCAUGGGACAGCUCCCGCACACUGUAAGCUGGCCCAGCCCUCCUCUCUACCCCCUGUCCCCUUCCUGCGGAUAUAGACAGCACUUCCCCGCCCCCACCGCAGCCCCUGGCGCCCCCUACCCCAGGUUCACCCAUCCACCCCUGAUGCUAGGUUCCGGUGUACCUGGUCACCCCGCAGCCAUCCCCCACCCAGCCAUUGUGCCCCCUUCAGGGAAGCAGGAGCUGCAGCCCUAUGACCGCAGCCUGAAGACGCAGGCAGAAUCCAAGGCAGAGAAGGAAGCCAAGAAGCCAACCAUCAAGAAGCCUCUCAACGCCUUCAUGCUGUACAUGAAGGAGAUGAGAGCAAAGGUCAUUGCAGAAUGCACACUCAAGGAGAGCGCUGCCAUCAACCAGAUCCUGGGCCGUAGGUGGCACGCACUGUCCCGGGAAGAGCAAGCCAAGUAUUAUGAGCUGGCCCGCAAGGAGAGGCAGCUGCACAUGCAGCUCUACCCAGGCUGGUCGGCGCGGGACAACUACGGGAAGAAGAAGAGGCGGUCACGGGAAAAGCACCAAGAAUCCAACACAGAUAACUCUCUUCACUAUUCCUAGGAGGAAAAAGAAAUGCAUUCGGUACUUACCCGGAGAAGGCCGCUGCCCCAGCCCCGUUCCUUCCGAUGACAGUGCUCUAGGCUGCCCCGGGUCCCCAGCUCCCCAGGACUCACCCUCGUACCUCCUGCUGCCCCACUUCCCCACAGAACUGCUUGCUAGCCCUGCGGAACCGGCACCUACAUCACCAGGUCUCUCGGCCACUCUCAGCCUCCCAGCCCCCUGGGCCCCCUCAGGCUCCUCACAGCAACCUGCAGAGUACACAGGUACAGCAACAGGAAUCUCAGAGACAGGCAGCCUAGCAUGCACAGGACACAUGGCUUCCUCCAGGGGCCCACCCUCUGAGAGGAGACGACAGAGCCCCAAAGCACGUGGAAACCGGCCAGGGGCCCUGUUGGCUCCCUCUCAGAGUCCAGGCCCUGGAGAUUUCAGAGGCUGCACAUCUUCUGCCUGAACAUGGGGCCAUCAAUUCAAACUGCUCCAAGUGGUGGGAAUUAGAUCUGCGUUGUGUCAUUUGAUUAAGGGCAUCCCCUCAUGCCUAUGGCAGACUGGAUCUAUUCUUUUUACCAUCUAUCUUGCUAGCCAGAUGCCCCUCCCUGCCUCCCUUGCUUUUCUGCUAUAGGUCAUAGAUGGACUGGACUGAGCCCAACUGCUUUCCCUACUUCCCCCACCCAACCCCACCACUGCCACACCCUCCCCAUACAAGAUACUUCAUGGACCAAGAACAAGCUGGUUUACCAAACAAUAUGUAAGCAUGGUCACAACCACAAAGCUCAAGACAACAGUGUUUCUCUCUUAAGGGCCUGGAGAAGCCCUGUUUACAGAAAACCAGCUGCUAUCUGUAAGCUGGACCAAAGGAAGCUUCUUGCCACGUUCUUUGGAGCUUACAAGAAGAGGAGUGAAUGGAAUAGGUUAAAUUUAGGCCUAUCACCCUAGCCAACAGGAAUAACCUGACACCACCUUAAAGGCAAGUGUGGGUGGUGAGGGUAUGUGGCUCUAGUUCAAAUUACUCAGAAAUGUUUCCUAAGGAACUCAACCACCUAAGAAGCCCUGAUACCAAAUGCCUCAGUCACUAGUGGCUGCAGUCAACGGUUCAAGUAAGUCAUGGCUCAAGAUCCAGUGUGCAUCCCUACCUGCUCUUGAGAGCCUUUUUCACAGAGCCAGUUCCAGCCUAUCCACAUCAUUCUAGCCAGCUCUCAGACAGUUGUAAGAGGGCAAGCCAAACCUCAGGACAACCAGUGCCUAUCUUCCAGCGUGAAAGUAGGCCAGCUUCAGUUUCCCUAUGGGGCUGCAGGAAGAAAGACUAUUACAACCAAAGCAAGGAGCCCAGAAAACCUCUAGUGGUGGACAUCAGGUUUGCACCACAGCCUACUUUAACCCAUUUCUGAGCCAAGCUUCAACCCUGAGCCUUAAAAAACAAAUCUUUAAUUUAACUUAGUUGGGUUUUUUGCCUCCUCUUCACUGUACAUAGCCUGAGUCCAAAGAGAAAGGGCUAUACCCCUGUACCCACACACACCCUCAACAAAAGCCUUUAGUUCCUACUUUAGCCACUGGCUUCUCAGAAUCCAAAGAUCGUAUGUUCUGGUGUAGUGUUGCAAGAAGUCUUGAGAGAAAAAAGGACCAUUGUAGUAUUCAAAAUAUUUUUGUAUUGUUAAUGCAUAUUACAGAAAAACUUUUCUGAUAUGAGAAUAAAGAUACUUUUUACUGGGUUUCUUUUUCAAA